AUGGAAUUUCUCCAAGAACUAAACGAACAACAAAAACAAGCGGUUUAUGAAGAACACUCACGAAUAUGUGUAAUUGCUGGACCGGGCUGUGGAAAAACUAGAACAUUAGUUAGUCGCUUUAUUUAUUUGUUAACUGAAAAGAAAAUUUCUUCCCAAAAUAUUCUAGUUCUAACUUUUGCUAAAAAAGCCAUUAAAGAAAUUAAAAAAAGAGUUUUUUUUCACAUUACUACUGCUUCCCCCAAAGAUUUGCACAUUUAUAACUUUCAUUCUUUCUGUUUUCACGUUUUAAACAAACAUUCUUAUUUGCUAGGUUUUCCCGACAGUAAAUUUCCAGUUUACGAUCGGCAUGAACAAGAAACCGUGGUUCGGAAAAUAAUUUACCAACUUAACUAUAAUGCUGAUCAAAAAGAAAUCAAUACCAUUCUGGCUUAUAUUAGCGGUGCUGAUGAUCCCUUAGAAUUUGAUGAAUUUACCAAAAAAAGAUAUGAAAUUUAUCAAAAAUAUCAAGAAUACUUGCAAACUAAUAAAGCCUUGGAUUUUAAUGACUUACUCCUGCACACAAUUACUCUUUUCAAUUAUUAUCCACAAGUUAGAGAAGAGUACCAAAAACAAUUUAGCCACAUUCUACUAGAUGAAUUCCAAGAUAUCAAUGCCAUCCAGUGGGAAAUAAUCAAGUUAAUUUUAAGUGAUAAACAAAACGUUUUUUUAGUGGGAGAUCCUAACCAAGCUAUUUAUGGUUUUCAAGGAGCUACACCCGAACUAAUUUCUUCUUUUAAGCAAGAAUUAAUUGCACAAAAGAUUCCUUACGAAAUAUUAGGGUCUUUUAAAUUUAUUCAACGGGAAGAAAUUAAGGAUGUAUUAGCUCUUCUGAGAGCUAUCGUUUAUCAAGAUAACCUUUCCCUGGCGAGAAUGCUUAGUCUUCAAGAAAAAAUUGGGACACGAACCAUCGAAAAAAUUGAGCAGAACAGUGAAAAAGAAGGAAUUAGCAUCUACAAUUAUCUUAACAAUUUUGCUACCAUUACUAAUUUAACCCAAGAAAAAUUGGCCGCCGGACAAGUGGAAAGGAUUGAAAAAAAGCGAAGAAAAGAAUAUCCUAACUUGGGAGAACUACUCAACAACUUUUUGCAAUGGAUAAUAAUCGCUUUUGAAGACAAGAAAUUAAUUAAAACUCGGAAUAAUUUAAUUCUUUCCUCAAUUCAUCAAGCCAAAGGUUUAGAAUUUGAAGUAGUAUUUUUUGUCUAUUUAGACCAAGGAACUUUGCCUUAUAAAGAAACCCAAGAUUUAUUAGAAGAAAAACGCUUAUUUUAUGUGGGAAUUACCCGAGCUAAAAAACUGCUAUACUUGUUAAGCAGCAAAGCCUUAUAUUCGCCUUUCUUAGAUGAACUAGAACAUUCUUUUUUGAAUAAAAUGUAG